AUGACUGGUGAGAAGUUCCUCAGGGUCUGCCAGGCCCUUUCCCUCAGUAGCUCGGUGGUGGAUGCUGCUAACGAGCAAAGGAGAGGCACAGCAGCCUUCGAUCGGCUCUGCAAAAUAAAGCCACUCUACGAGGAGAUUCGGGAAGCCUGCAAAAGGAACUAUCACCCGAGCCAGGAAAUUUCCAUCGAUGAGCGAAUGGUUUCCUCCAAAGCCCGCAUUGGGCUCAAACAGUACAUGAAAAAUAAGCCUGUUCGCUGGGGAUAUAAACUCUUCGUUCUGGCGGACUCCAGCAGCGGUUAUACGUGGGACUUUUUUGUCUACGAGGGAAGGUUCCAGGGAAUCAGUGGCAACGGGCUCAGUUAUGAUUCGGUGAUGGAGCUCAUCGACACCAAGUUGCUGGGCACUGGCUACAAGCUCUUUGUUGACAAUUUCUACACUAGUCUCCCCCUUUUCCGCGACCUCCUUCAGAAGAGGAUCUGGGCGUGCGGAACCAUCCGCACAAGCAGAAUUGGAUUCCCAAAAACUAAAGUAAAUGGUCUGGUCUCAAAACCUCCCCGUGGCAGCAUUCGCUGGAUCAGGAAGGACUCCCUCCUCUUUGUCCAGUGGCGAGACACGAGGGACGUCUCCAUGUGUUCAACACUCCACAAGGCCCAUGCGGAGGACACGGCGCAAAGGAGGGUCAAAGGUGCAGAUGGGCACUGGGCAUUGAAGGAGAUCCCAGUUCCACCAACGGUGAAGGAGUACAACCAGCUCAUGGGUGGAGUGGACCUCUCUGACGCCCUGAUCGGGUACUAUAAAGUCCUCCACAAGACCCAGAGGUGGUAUAAGAUGUUGUUUUAUCAUUUCAUGGACAUCGCGAUUGUGAACGCCUUCCUCCUCCACAAAGACAUUGCAAAAGGUAAAGGACAGGUACCUAUGCACCAGAAGACGUUCAGGGAGACCCUCGCCGAGGAGCUGGCAGAGGUGGGGUCACCCUCCACAGCCAGACCCGUACCACCUCCUGCUGCAAGAAGAGCACAUCACAGGCCAGAAUACGUCAGUGGGAACAGCGCCACUGGUCGUCUGAAGUGCAGGCACUGCCAUGCAAAGACCCCACUGAAGUGCUCCUCCUGCGAUGUGCCUUUGUGCUUGGACCCCGGUCGUGUCUGCUAUAAUGACUGGCAUGUUGCCAAUAACCUGUAG